AUGCCCGAGCCAGCCAAGUCCACCCCAGCGCCCAAGAAGGGCUCCAAGAAAGCCGUCACCAAGGUUCAGAAGAAGGACGGCAAGAAGCGGAGGAAGAGCAGGAAGGAGAGCUAUGCCAUCUACGUCUACAAGGUGCUGAAGCAGGUCCACCCCGACACCGGCAUCUCCUCCAAGGCCAUGGGCAUCAUGAACUCCUUCGUCAACGACAUCUUCGAGCGCAUCGCAGGGGAAGCCUCCCGCCUGGCUCACUACAACAAGCGCUCCACCAUCACCUCCCGGGAGAUCCAGACCGCCGUGCGCCUGCUGCUGCCCGGAGAGCUGGCCAAGCACGCCGUCUCCGAGGGCACCAAGGCCGUCACCAAGUACACCAGCGCCAAGUGAGCGCCGCCCCCGCUCUCCGGACCCAAAGGCUCUUCUCAGAGCCCCCACCCUGUCUCCAGCGGAGCUGCUCCCGGGUCUC